AUGGGAUACACGGUCACUGAUAUGUGCUUCGCCUCGGAUAGGGGCUUCCGCGUCUCGAUCCGCGCCGCGGAGCUGUCAAAUCGUCUCGCCGGCCGGCGCGUAGAGGAGAGAUCGCUACCCGCCCAGAUCCCAGAAUUCCUCGUCUCUUCCCCUCGGCCGACAUACAAACACGACAAACACAUAGAUGGUGCUGCUGCCGAGUGGGGGUUUGGUUGGCGGAAGACGUGUACG